AGAGAGAGUCAGAGAGAGACGACGCCCACACACAUCUUUCCCCUCAGCUCUCUCUCUUCCAAUUUCUUUUUUUUUUUUUCUUCCCCAACAGAGAAAGCAAAGCAACAAUGGUGAAAGGUCCUGGUCUCUACACCGAAAUCGGCAAAAAAGCCAGAGAUCUUCUGUACAGAGACCACAACAGCGAUCAGAAGUUCAGUAUCACCACUUACUCCCCUGCUGGUGUUGCCAUCACCUCAUCUGGAACUAAGAAAGGUGACGUUUUGUUGGGAGAUGUUGCUUUUCAAUCCAAGCAAAAGAACGUUACUACUGAUUUGAAAGUUUGCACUGAUUCUACCGUCCUGAUCACUGCUACCGUUGAUGAGGCUGCACCUGGACUGAAGUCUAUCUUCAGCUUCAAGGCUCCUGACCAAAAUUCUGGCAAGAUUGAGGUGCAAUACUUGCAUGACUAUGCCGGUAUCAGCACAAGCAUGGGAUUGACUCAGAACCCAACUGUCAACUUCUCUGGUGUGAUUGGCACCAAUGUCUUGGCUGUUGGUACUGAUGUUUCAUUCGACACCAAGUCUGGCAAUUUCACCAAGAUCAACGCUGGUUUAAGCUUUGCUAAGGAGGACUUAAUUGCCUCCCUUACCGUGAACGAGAAGUUUGAUCUAUUGAAUGCGUCCUACUAUCACAUUGUGAACCCGGUGUUCAACACUGCCGUUGGAGCAGAAGUGAGCCACAGGUUCUCUAACAAAGACAACACCAUAACCGUUGGAACACAGCACUCGCUUGACCCCUUGACCUCUGUGAAAGCACGUGUUAACAGUGCCGGUAUUGCCAGUGCGCUCAUUCAACACGAGUGGAAGCCCAAGUCCUUCUUCACUAUCUCUGGAGAAGUCGACACAAAGGCCAUUGACAAGAAUGCUAAAGUUGGUUUGGCUCUCGCACUCAAGCCUUGAAAACUGAGAUGGAAGAAGAAGUUGCUAUAGCUUUUUUUUUAACUAGUUUCUUUCUACGUUCUGUUUUUCUCUCUACAUGGCUACUCAUGGUUUGAAUGGCUACUACUCAACUUUCCCAUUUUCUUGUCGGAUUUGUAGAAGAAUAAUAAGUUGAAAAAGGAUCAUCUUGAGGUUAUGUGAUGAAACCCUAACAAUUUGUUCGGUUUCAAUUUUUAUUUGCAAUGUAUCUGGGUUCAUGUAUGA